UUUAACUUUCUGUCACGUGAAAUACACGACAAACAAGCGGAAGUAAAUCGUCGGGAAAACCCACCUCAGUGUAACGUCUUCAGCCUUUCGUCUUACUUUUCCAUUCAGAUAAAAAUGAGGUUGGUUAUCCUUGAGGACUACGAACUUGCCAGUGAAUGGGCUGCGAAGUAUAUCCGAAAUCGCAUUAUCCAGUUCAACCCCAACGCCGACAGAUACUUCACAUUAGGAUUACCUACAGGAAGCACACCGCUGGGAUGCUACAAAAAGUUAAUUGAAUUCUACAAAAGGGGCGAUGUCUCUUUUAAAUUCGUCAAAACGUUCAACAUGGACGAAUAUGUCGGUCUACCUAGGGAUCACCCAGAGAGCUACCACUCCUACAUGUGGAGCAACUUCUUCCAGCACAUUGACAUUGACCCAGCCAACACUCACAUCCUGGAUGGCAAUGCUGCUAAUCUGGAGGCAGAGUGCGCUGCGUUCGAGCAGAAGAUCAUGGAGGCUGGAGGGAUAGAGUUAUUUGUCGGAGGUAUUGGUCCUGAUGGGCACAUCGCCUUCAACGAGCCAGGAUCCAGCUUGGUCUCCAGGACGCGAGUGAAGACCCUUGCCAAAGACACCAUCCUUGCCAAUGCUAGGUUUUUUGGGAAUGACCUGUCCAAAGUUCCCACUAUGACCUUAACUGUAGGUGUCGGAACAGUAAUGGAUGCCAGAGAGGUCAUGAUCUUAAUAACUGGUGCACACAAAGCCUUUGCCCUCUACAAGGCCAUUGAGGAAGGGGUCAACCACAUGUGGACUGUCUCGGCAUUCCAGCAGCAUCCUCACACCAUCUUUGUGUGCGAUGAGGAUGCCACCCUGGAGCUCAGGGUGAAAACCGUCAAGUACUUCAAAGGACUGAUGCACGUGCACAACAAACUGGUGGAUCCACUGCACAGCAUUAAGGAGCAGAAGCAUUAAACAACGGAAGCACAGAGAAACUUGCCCCACGGUAGUCAAAAAGCAGUGACCUUCGCACACUCAGAAUGAUUAAUGGUACAAUUGGCUGGUUAAUUGGCUAAAAUAAAGGUCAGGACCCCCCCUUUAUACUAUACCUCUACCAAAAUAUGUUUGUUAGCCUGUACUUCACUAUAUGGUUUGAAUUUCAUUUGAAGUAAAUUAUAAAUGCAAGUUUGACUGAUUUGACGUCUCCCAAGGUUGAACACUAAUAAUCAAACUCUGCUCCACCUCUCAAACGCUGCUCCAUUUUGUUUUAGUGGGACUAGAAACUACAGAAAACAAGCGUUUCUCUCACUUUCAUUCUGGAAAAUGAAUAAUGUCAUGAAUUACACCAUUUUAUGUACUUCACAAAUAUUAACAAUAGCUUUGAAAAUGUAAUUUUCUAUCAUUGACAGGCUGCGACGCCCUGGUCCAAUUAAUACUCCCUCUUAAAAUCCUCUUACUUUAAAGUAGUAACAUGGUGGUUGGUCACACUUUUUUUUUUUUUUUUAUAUGCAAUUUGCACACGAAACACUAAGUAUUAAAUAUUUCCAUUUAGUUUUGGAGGCGUAAGCGUUUUAUCGUCCUAUGUUCAACCGGUUGAGAAUGUUCUCCACUUAGUUUGUCACACAAGGAUAACCACUCUCCUUAUCCCUCCCCGAUAACUCUUGACCCAUAGUUUGCGUGUCACAUUCAACCAUCAUGUUGCUCCUUUAAGGAAAUGGUCUGUUGCAGCAUAAUUUCAGUGAUUGUGUAUUGUAGGUGCUGUGCCUGUAAAAUGUACAUUUUUCCAUGUUUCAGUGAAGCUCUCAGGACUCCAUUGUGUCCCAUUAUAGAUAUUCCAAUGUCCAACUUUAUGGUCUUUACUUCCAGCCAAGUACAGGCCAGGAAGACAGAUGCUGGAAUUAUUUCAAAGCUCUGUACCCCUCUACCUUACCUAUUCAGUCCUGUACAAUGGUUUACAGGGCAAGGGCUAGUGUUUACUUUAUGGGAAUAUGUUACAUGUAGUUACAUUACAGAAUAAUGGCAGGUUACAUUAAGGCUGUUUAAAAUCAUGUCAACCCUUGACCUUAACAUUACAUUUUUUCUAUGAAACUGGAUAUUGAAGAUACUUUUCAGUCAUGUUGAGAGGGAACAUAUGACUAGCAGAUUACAGAAAUCAAGGUGACUGACAUGCAUUUAGCACAUACAAAGCAGGCUAUUUGAUUUGUGCUCUUCAGAGAAUAAUUUUGGGUGCUCUAAAAUCAGGCCCAUUGUAUUCCUAGUGAGGCUUGUUUGAUGAAUGGUUUGUGGUUACUAUAUAUAACUACUGCCUUUAUAAUUCUCUGUUUAUACUCAUAAAGGCUCAAUGGUUCUUGUAUUGCAAUGUAAUGGUCUGCUACGUGGUGAACAAUAAAAUUGAUAACUUUAAUAAAAAAGAUUUUUUACAGAAAAA